GAGUUGCAUGAUGACAUACAUCAAAAUAUUGCUCGAGAGAUGAACCUCUCUGAAACUGCUUUUAUCAGAAAGCUGCAUCCGACAGACACCUUCUCACACAGUUCCUGCUUUGGACUCAGGUGGUUUACACCAACAAGUGAGGUCCCACUGUGUGGCCACGCCACCCUGGCUUCUGCAGCUGUGCUGUUUCACAAAAUAAAAAACCCACAUAGCACUCUCACCUUUGUCACUCUGAGUGGGGAGCUAAAGGCCAGAAGAGCAGGGGAUGGCAUUGUCCUGGAUGUCCCUCUCUACCCAACCCAUGCUCAGGACUUCGGUGAAGUAAAGAACUUGAUAAAGAUGGCCAUAGGUGACACCCAGGUCCAGGACAUCCACUACUCUCCAGAGACGAAAAAUCUCCUCGUCAGGCUUAGUGACUCUUAUGACAGGUCAUUUCUAGAGACCCUGAAGGUGAACACAGAGAAUCUGACUCAAGUGGAAAACACAGGGAAGGUGAAAGGACUCCUUCUCACCCUUAAAGGAGAGCCUGGUGGGCAGACUGGCGCCUUUGACUUCUACUCCAGAUAUUUUACUCCAUGGUUUGGUGUGGCUGAAGACCCUGUAACAG